CUCAUAUUGCUUUGUGAAGUUUGCAUUUAAAAAGCAUCAUGCCUGAACCAGCAAAGUCUGCGCCUAAGAAGGGCUCCAAGAAGGCCGUCACGAAGACCGCCGGUAAGGGAGGAAAGAAGCGCAAGAGGUCCAGGAAGGAGAGUUACGCUAUCUACGUCUACAAAGUCCUGAAGCAGGUUCAUCCUGACACCGGUAUCUCUUCCAAGGCGAUGGGCAUCAUGAACUCUUUCGUCAACGACAUCUUCGAGCGCAUCGCCGGUGAGUCGUCUCGUCUCGCUCACUACAACAAGCGCUCCACCAUCACUUCUAGAGAGAUCCAGACCGCCGUGCGUCUGCUGCUGCCCGGAGAGCUGGCCAAACACGCCGUGUCCGAGGGCACCAAAGCUGUCACCAAAUACACCAGCUCCAAGUGAGGUGUGAUGUGACUUUAACCACCACAAAGGCUCUUUUAAGAGCCAC